UAGUUUGGGAAUCUAGUUCCUCAUAUUAUAAAUGAUUGAGUUACGGAAGCGACCGCCUAACCAGGCCAAUUUAACAGAGCUGAAGAAAAAGCACAGAAAAGAAGUAGUUAAACUAAUUAACAAGCCAAGAGAUUCAUUAAAUGAGUCCGAGUUGAAGCUCUUAGAUGCUUCAUCUGAAAUUGUCAAAAAUAUCAUGCAGUCUAAACGUUCCAAGCAGUUAAGCAUAUCACGACAAAAUAUCGAAGUUGACAGUGAUUCGCUAUUGGCUAAAAAAAUUGACCAAUUAGCUGGGCUCAUCAGAAACAGUUCGUGUUGUCUGAUUUACACGGGAGCAGGUAUCUCAACAUCAUCAGGACUUCCCGACUUCCGGUCUCGGGAAUGUGGUGCCUGGACAAAUACGGAUACAGUCAAAAACUAUUUAACCAAUUCAGAAAAAUCUCCUUUUGCUUUAAUGAAACCUACUGUUUCGCAUAUGUGCAUACAGGCUCUGGUAGCUCAGGGUUUAAUCGAACAUGUUGUUUCGCAAAACUGUGACGGUCUUCAUUUAAGGUCUGGAAUUCCCCCUGAAAAGUUAUCAGAAAUCCAUGGCAAUAUGUUCACGGAAGCGUGUACUGAAUGUCAGCCUCAGCGCGUGUUUUAUCGACGUUUUGACGUUACUGAAAACACGAGUUUCCGAAAACAUCUCACAAGUCGUGUAUGUCCAGAAUGCAAAAGUCGUCUUCGCGAUACAGUCGUUCACAGGGACGAGUAUAACACUACCGACUACCCUCAAAACUGGGUGAAAGUUGACCCUUUAGCCCAAAAAGCAGAUCUAGUUGUAUGUAUGGGAUCAAGAAUGGAUAUCAUUAAGUGCUACAAACGACUCUGGCGAAGUCCUGGAGUCGAGAAAAAGAGAUUAGUCAUCAUAAACCUCGGUUGGACAACAAAAGAUAAAAUAUGUAAACUCAAAGUCAAUGGCAAUUGUGAUCAAGUUAUGAAGUUACUGUGUGAAAGGCUAGAAAUUCAGCCGGGCGAAUAUAGCGUGAAAAAUGAUUUGCUGCUGCAACUCGCUUGUGAUCAGUUCGAGGGCUUUAAAGGUGCAGAUGGGAUGCCUUCGACUCCUGAUAUUUAUAAUGAAAGUCAAAUAGCCAAGUCGAAGGGUUAUGUUCCCGGAUGGAUGCGAGUUAUUCUAAACAGAGUACACGCCGCAAAGAAGUAAACUUCUUCCAAUUUUCAGUUUUAAAGUACUCUUUUCUGUUUUAUGUAUUUCUCUUCAUCAACUUUGUACUUUUUAUUUUGUUCAAUUUUAAU